AUGAGUUUAACAAAAUGGAUAGUCUUCCUAUCCAUAGCAUGGUCUGCACUAACUGUUCCAGUGACGACUAGUACCACUCCCUCUCUAUCUAGCCAGCGUUCGGUUGGCUUCUGCGUCGCUGACAGGGAGGUGUUCCCCAGCCUUCUUCCAUCUGGCCAGAUAACUACCGAGUCCUUCAGUUUCACUGACCAUGGUGUAUGGUAUCUAGCUGGCUACUCUAGUGAUGAUGGUAUCCGUAUGCUUUGGAGACUCGAAUGCAACCAAUGGUUACCUGUUGCUGAGAAGGCUCUCUCUAAUAUCGAGGGUUCGGGCAACGAUAUGUUCGUGUUCGGCAUCAGCGAGGGUGACGUUGUCGUUUUCGAUCCGGAGAGUUACAAUGCUUAUCGUACAAUAGCUCUGGCGGAUCCUUCUAAGGAAUACACGGGAGUCACCUUUGAUCAAGACUCGAAUAUUCUAUAUGUAACUGAGAAGGCUACUGGUCGGAUUGCUCGGUUCAUAGGUCAGGGUGGAGUGUGGACUCCAAUUGACCCCUUGAAUGGUUCGGAUGUUCUCAUUGAGCCCACUAUUUUGCGCUUCACACUCGGUAAACUUUACGUUAGAGUGAAUGGUGGCGUUGCCUAUGCUACAAUGGACGGGUCUGUGAAUCCUCAGUGGUCUUUUGUACCACUGGAUAUUCAAGGUGACCAGAGCUUUACUGCUGCUCCCGACGGUUUCCUCUACUACCGUAAGUCUAUCGACUCGGUCUAUCGUCUCCCAUUGGAUAAUCUGAUCGGUGCGGGUGAACUUUACGCUGGUGGAUGCGGCUGUGGUCUGGCGCCAAAUCAAGUGUGUAGCUCGGGCAACGGCAAUCUUGUGAACUUCAAUCCCACUGGAGGCAUUGUCAUGCAAGACUACUCCGAGGGACCUGACUUCCGCUUUCUUAACUGGUGUGGAGAUUUCUGCACUCUACUACGACUAGUGUCCCUCGACCAGUAUCAUUCCAACCCGUGGUCCUCGAACAA